UUCUCUGCAGCCCACGUAUUAGGAAGCGGGGAUCGAGUGAGGGAUUGGGGGUUUAGAGCCCUCGAGGCUUCGCCGCCGACGCCAGGGGCGGGGCCUAUCGUGAAGGGCCGGGCUCCGUGAGGGCGGGGUUAGGGCUAAGCCGGGAAGAUGCCGGGGGCGGGGCCCACCGGGAAAGAGCGGGCCGGAGCAAGCUGCGGUCACCGGGGCCGGCGGGCAGCGGACGGACGACCAAACGGACUGACGGCGGCAGGGGGACGGGCCGGGCCAGCUGGGUGCACGGCGUGCCGCCACCAUGACAGCUCUGCCUGCCCCCCAUCCCCUGGGUCCACCAGGAAACAGGACAAACUGCCACAGACCUACUGUGACCGCCUGGUCCAGGACACGCCUUUCCUCACAAGCCUCGGGCGCCUGAGUGAGCAGCAGGUGGACAGGAUUAUCCUCCAGCUGAACCGAUACUACCCCCAGAUCCUCAGCAACAAGGAUGCGGAAAAGUUCCGUAACCCCAAGGUAUCUCUGCGAGUGCGUCUCUGUGACCUCUUGGGCCACCUGCAGCGGAGCGGUGAGCGGGACUGCCAGGAGUUCUACCGGGCCCUGUACAUCCACGCCCAGCCCCUGCACAGCUGCCUUCCCAGCCGGCAUGCCCUGCAGAACUCAGAUUGCACAGAGCUAGACUCGGGCACCGCAGGCCGUGAGCUCAGUGACAGGGGACCCAUGGCCUUCCUGACCUGCCUCGGCCUGGCCACGGGGCUGGCCCUCCUCAUCUACUGCUGCCCUCCAGACCCCAAGGUGCUGCCAGGGGCUCGGCGUGUCCUGGGCUUCUCCCCUGUCAUCGUGGACCGGCACGUCAGCCGCUUCCUGCUGGCCUUCCUCACAGAUGACCUGGGGGCGCUUUGACCGGCGCCAGCCCCGCCUGCCUGGCUGCUUGCUGCCCGGGGGCUUUCUCCUUUUCUGUUUAUUUCUUGCUGUUUAUGAUUUCUGUAACAAGCACUUUACCUUCACUGUACAAAGGUGCUCAACAGUAUUAAAUGCUUGAGUCUCCUUCCA